AUGGAAAUUGACUGCUAUAAUGCUUGUGCACAAACAUCCAAAUGUUUCUUCUUCAAUUUUACGAAUGGCGUAUGCGAUAUUUACAACAGUAAGGACCUGGUUGACACUUCAAUCAACCAAGACGCCAAAGCCUUUGUGUUUUGUCCAUACGAGGAACCACGUUGCACACCUUUUGAGACGUACUUCACUCCUUUAUUUGGAGCUAGCACCACUCAUGCUGCAUGUUACCAGCUUUCCUUAAACGACCCACAGUCUAUUGGCUAUAAUUAUGUGAGUGGUGUUUGCAAACUGAAAAUUGGCAGCCAGGCAAUUGAUACCACAAGAAGCCGAAACAUGCAUGGUUAUGUUCGCUGCUCAUGGGCAAUUCAAGACACAACUGAGUCAGCAACCACUACCACAACGACAAAAAAACAUUGCAAGAAAGGCUAAGAGGCAAAGAUUCAUGGGCAUCUCCUUGUGCCAGCGACCUCACAGAUAAAAUCAUCUCUUUAGUUUGACGUAAUGGACUCUAUAUCUUUAUCUUUGGCUUUAUUUAACAUAAAUUAAGAUUGUUAUAUACAAUCAUUUAGUAGUUUCAAGUUAGACAAAAUAUUAAUAAACACAACAGUACUCA